AUUGCCUGGCACCGGCUGCAAGGCCCCGCUCCAUUCACAGAAACGCUGGCUCGCUCGCUGGCCCUUUCAUUCACACAAACAGCAUCUCAUUCACAUUCUGUCGUUUUUUUGUCUGCUUCUAAUGAAGACCACGGUUUGGGAAUGGUGGGGCUGACUUGCUUCAGAUUGGAGGGGGACUCUAAUCACCAUCGAAAUCGUCCGUGGGGUGCGCAUCUGCUGUUGCUAUGCAAGCUAGGGGAAGGGAAAAAAGAGAGUGCGGGGUGGCUGCUGGGCUAGGGCUGCGGCGCGGUUGGAGAGCGGUGGGGAAGUGUUUGCUGCGCCAGGGCGGGCCUGGCUGCUCUGGGCUCCUCCGUCCUCUGAAGCCUGCCUCACCCGCGCUCCCGCCAUGGGUGGCGCUCCCUAAACUCCGUUCCUGGGGCUCCCAGAAAGCCUGGGAACCUCGCAGCCACCUGAGAUCAGCUCUGGGCGUCAGAAGACUCAGGGUGACCUGCUAGUGUGCUGGAAGGCAAAAGCAUUCGCUUGCACAGAAGUUACCGGGAAACUUUGACAGCGACUGACUUCUCUGUGGUGCAGGUUAUCUAUCUUAACGCAUGAGGCCACCUGGCAGAGGCCACCGAGGAAGGGGUCAGUGGGUCUCAGAAUCUUGGACAGACCUUCGGGGAGGCUGUCGAUGUCCUGUUCUCCUACACGCCAGGAAGAAGGCCUGUGUGUGUCACUGCAAGCCUGAGCCUGACUCCCAAGGAUGAGGCCGUUCUUGCUGUGGAUUUGAUGGGCAGUUAGAGCAGCCGCAUUUUUUUCUGCCUGACUGCAGGGCUGCAAAGCAGCAAUUGAAGGGACAUUGAAAUGGAUUGGUGGUGUUCCUAAGGCAUGCUUCCAGGGCCCAAACACAUUCAGCUGGAAUAAAGCUCACAACGCAGCCCUCUUUCCCCGUUUUCUUUUUUGGCAUGGAUUUCUGGAGCCUGUUGCCGCUCAUCAUAGAAGCACUAUUCUUUUUUGGAAGUAGAUUUUCAACUUAACCCUGACUGAGAAAGGCUGCUGAUUGCUGUAAAUUAUCAGGAAAGACCCCUUGAGCUGUACUGAGAAGAAGUGCAUGAGCAGAUUUGGUUUUUUCGUGUGUUAUCUGAGGAAUUGCUUCGCCACAGACACUCGCCAGCAGACAUUCAUGGCUGCUCUGUUGAUCUGAACAAGAAAAGCAAACCACAGGAAAUUGAUGCUUUUUAAAAAUAUUCAUCUGAUGGUGAAGGGUCCCCUCUUUUUCCUACUUAAAAAUUCUUUCUCCUUUCCAAAUCAGGAUCCAUCAGGAUUCGCCUGAAGAUCUCUUAGGAAGCCUUCGUCACAUUUUAACGCAUCGCUGUCAGGCACUUCUGGGGCUCACCCACAUGAGCUGAGCAAAGGAAGAACAAACCCUAACAUGGAAUAAUGGAUUUUGGAAAGUUCAAGAGAUCAUUUGAAGGAGCUGGAUUUACCUUUGGCACAAAUGCGGGCUGGGGAAGGGGUAGGUGAAAAAGCAAAGAUCGGAAGGAAAUAUCUGCGAAGGUAGAAAAAGGAAAAUUGAGAAUUGAUUGGCUGUAGUUGCUGACAGCGGGUGGAUGUCGUUUUCUUCUCUCUCUUUUUGCUACAGGAAGUGGUUUGCGGAGCUCACCGAGCCUUUGUUGAGAAGGGUCUCCUCUGAGUGAGUCACGCUUUUGCUGGGAGCAGCCCGGUGCAGCUGGGCGCUCCAUCAGCGGCAACUAUGACUUUUGCAAGGCAAGCGUUCCACCCCAACCCGUGGUCUCCCGGGCCCGCGCUGCGUGUCGGCUGCUCUGCUGCCUUGUAACGGUGUGAGGGCUCGGUCGCCGGCCUCGUCUGUCCCUCUCCGGAAAGGUUGUCCUGGGACCCCAGCUCCUGGUCCCUCUCCGGGGCUCGCGGCUCCUGUGCUAUGCGCGGCAGCCCGCGCCGGGGCCGGCACCAGCAGCGCCCGGGCGGAUGCGGCGAGCUCACGGAGGGGCAUGCUUCCACGCACCAAGUACAACCGCUUCAGGAAUGACUCGGUGACAUCGGUCGAUGACCUUCUCCACAGCCUGUCGGUGAGCGGCAGCGGCAGCGGCGGCAAGGUCUCGGCGGCGCCCGCGGCGACCCCCUACCUGGUGUCGGGCGAGGCGCUGCGCAAGGCGCCGGACGAUGGGCCCGGCAGCCUGGGCCACCUGCUCCACAAGGUGUCCCACCUGAAACUCUCCAGCUCCGGCCUGCGUGGCCUGUCGUCGGCCGCCCGGGAGCGGGCGGGCGCGCGGCUCUCCGGCAGCUGCAGCGCGCCCAGCCUGGCGGCCCCGGACGGUGGCAGCGCGACCCCCGGGUCCCGCGCCCAGGCCGCCAGCAUGAGCGCCCCCAGGAAGAGCCGGGCCGGCGACGAGCCGCUGCCCAGGCCCCCGCGGGGCGCACCUCACUCCAACGACCAGGUGCUGGGGCCGGGAGUCACCUAUGUGGUCAAGUACUUGGGAUGCAUUGAAGUUCUGCGCUCAAUGAGGUCUCUUGACUUCAGUACAAGAACUCAGAUUACCAGGGAAGCCAUCAGCCGUGUCUGCGAAGCUGUGCCAGGUGCCAAAGGAGCCUUCAAGAAGAGAAAGCCUCCAAGUAAAAUGCUGUCCAGCAUCCUGGGGAAGAGCAACCUCCAGUUCGCAGGGAUGAGCAUCUCCCUGACCAUCUCUACCGCCAGCCUGAAUCUGCGCACUCCCGACUCCAAACAGAUCAUAGCGAACCAUCACAUGCAGUCCAUCUCCUUUGCCUCUGGGGGAGACCCGGACACAACAGACUAUGUUGCCUAUGUCGCUAAGGACCCUGUUAAUCGCAGAGCUUGCCACAUUCUGGAAUGCUGUGAUGGGCUAGCCCAAGAUGUCAUUGGCUCCAUUGGACAAGCCUUUGAACUCCGGUUCAAACAGUAUUUGCAGUGUCCUUCCAAGAUUCCUGCUCUCCAGGACCGAAUGCAGAGUCUGGAUGAGCCAUGGACCGAAGAGGAGGGAGAUGGCCCUGAUCACCCAUACUACAACAGUGUUCCCAGUAAGAUGCCUCCUCCAGGGGGGUUUCUUGAUGCUCGACUGAAAACCAGACCCCAAGCUCCUGACACAGCCCAGUUUGCAGGGAAAGAGCAAACUUAUUACCAGGGAAGACACUUAGGAGACACAUUUGGUGACGACUGGCAGCGAGCACCCACCAGGCAAGGUUCCUUGGACAUCUAUAGCACACCAGAAGGGAAAGGGCACAUGGCUCUGGUAGGAGAGACACCAACCUAUGUCAACACCCAGCCGGUCCCUCCACAGGUUUGGCCAGCAGCAAGCAGCAGCACGGAGAGCAGCCCACGGAAGGACCUCUUUGACAUGAAGCCUUUUGAAGAUGCUCUCAAGAACCAGCCCCUGGGGCCCGUGUUGAGCAAAGCGGCGUCUGUGGAGUGCAUCAGCCCUGUCUCACCCAGAGCCCCAGAUGCCAAGAUGCUGGAGGAGCUUGAUGCUGAGCCCUGGUACCAAGGAGAGAUGAGCAGGAAGGAGGCAGAGGCACUGUUGCGAGAAGAUGGAGACUUCCUAGUCCGAAAGAGUACUACCAACCCUGGCUCCUUUGUCCUCACAGGCAUGCACAAUGGCCAGGCCAAGCACUUGCUGCUGGUGGACCCGGAAGGCACGAUCCGGACAAAGGACAGGGUCUUUGACAGCAUCGGCCACCUCAUCAACUACCAUCUUGAGAGCAGCUUGCCCAUCGUCUCUGCAGGGAGCGAGCUUUGCCUCCAGCAACCAGUGGAGAGGAAACACUGAACUGGCCCAGCACCCUGCCCACGCCUUGUGCCAGGUCAGGGGGACCUGGGUCCACUGCUCUCGGCCUCUGGGGACUGGGGCCGAUGUCUGUGGGCACAUCACCUUCCUCAAGAGCUCCUCUCAAGGGAGCGUUCCUUCAAGUUCAGAUUUCAUAAACACGUUCCACACAUCUCA